CGAAAAAGUAAUUUUUCAUGUUCACCAUUUGGGUUUCUCAUUUUCAAAUAUUGUUGCUUGUGGCUGAAACCUUUUCGUCUGCAGUAAAAGUACGAAACCAAGACAAACCGUUGAAGAUACGCAAACAUGGGGAGCAUAGAGAACUCGACGCCUCAUCGUAGUAAUGCCUCGGGCAAAAAUGGUUGGAUACUUGGUGAGAAAUUUGACGCGCGAAUGCCACAUCAUAAUGGAAUCAAGGAAUUGUAUUAUAUACACCCAUUUUCACUUACUUCAACCAAAUCCCCCUUUUCUUUGAUGGUAUUCUGUUUUGAUCAGGACGACACAUGAUACUAACUUUCUUGCAGAUGGGAGACAAAAUGGAAAUUUCCUGUGAGUUGGUCCAACAAGAAGAUUCCGCAAGGGAUAUAGGCACUAAUUGACAUGAAAAGUGCACCAAAAGUGUUUAUCCUUUCCACGACGGGAAAUUCGAAGAUUUCGAACCCGUUUUUCAGCACCUCAUAGAAGUAAGCUUGAUUUCAUUCCUAGCUAAAUAUCAAAAGGCUGACAGCUUCCAUAGAACAACAUCAACGAUGGCUACGGAGACGCGUAUACCGAAGCGUUCUUUCCUAUGGCCGAGAAAUUGACCCAACAAGGUGACGAAUUGGCAGCUUACAAGAACCUUGAAGCGGCUUCUGCACUUUACUUGAGAGCUGCUUGUUUAUAUCGCAUUUCGAGAUUUCCUUAUAUCACUUCCUUUCCCAAGGUGAAUUCCGAGGUGAAAUGGAAGGCUUGGACUGCACAGAAGGAAGUGUAUAUGAAAGCUGGAAGUCAGUGGGAUGAACCCGUUCAAGAGGUCGAUAUGUAAGAUCAAUCCUAGCUCCUUGUUUGGCACAGAAUCUCAUCUUUAUAGCCCUUUCGUGGAUAAAACAGGUGCAGAUAGAGAUAUCAUUCCGGUAUACAUGCGGCUCUCCACCAAAAAGUCAAAAAAUAAGAAACCCCCUGUCGUCCUUCUCUUCACAGGCCUCGACGGUUAUCGCCCAGACAAUACACAGCGUAGUGACGAGUUCCUAAAGCGUGGAUGGAGUACCAUCAUGGUUGAAGUUCCUGGAACAGCAGAUUGUCCAGCCGAUCCAAGUGAUCCUGAAAGCACUGAUAGACUCUGGACCAGUCUUCUCAGAUGGACGACAGAGCAAGGUUGUUUUGAUAUGGAACGGGUUAUGGUGUGGGGACUAAGUACAGGUGGUUAUUAUGCAGCAAGAAUUGCUCAUACUCACAAAGAUCAAUUGAGAGGUGUUGUAGCUCAGGGGGCUGGAACACAUUAUUUCUUUACCAGAGAAUGGCUCGAGAAGGCUGAUGGUCAUGAAUAUCCUUUUGCGUAAGUUUUGUCCGGGCGUUGGAUGAUAUAGAGCUGAUCAUUCUAGACUUGGCCCGGCGAUUUCGCUCAAACAUGGUUAUGAAAGCUUCGAAACCUACAUGGAUGAAGCGGUCAAGAAAUAUUCUUUGCUUGAGAACCGGAUCUUGGAAAAACCUUCGACGAGGUUGUUAUUUAUCAAUGUAAGUUAUCCAAAUUUGAGUUUAGGGAUACUCGCUAAUUAUCGUCGAUUAGGGAAUGAAUGAUGGGCUGAUGCCGAUUGAAGAUUCGAUGUUACCUUUUGAAUACGGAACUCCCAAAGAAGCUAGGUAUGCUGCUAAGCCUCAUGCUGUACCCAGUUGGAUUUUGGAAAAGCCGCUGAUUUUUCCGGAACUAGGUUUUUCAAGGACGCUCUACAUAUGGGUUAUCCUUUGGCAAAUGGGUCUGUGUAUCCAUGGAUGGAGAAUGUGAUGAAAUAAUGGAGAAAUUGGAGUUGGCUGCAAGAAAUAGCUCUUUUAAAAACCUAUCCUCAAU